AGUCAGUGCCAUGACAAAAUAUCCUCCCUCCAGCCAGAUACGUCGAGGCCCUGCAGUUGUUUCUCACUGGGAAUAUCUGCUUCAAAGUGGGUUUUCCCCAAACAUCUGCUGUGAAGUUUUGGGUACAGAACAGGACUCUUUCUAGGUCUGCCAUCUAUUCCAUGUGUGACUUCAAUGCAAUCCCUGUGCCUGUGUUUCCCUAUUCCAGAAUAACUCAAAAAAAUCAGGCUGAGGAGGUGAAUCUACAUAGAAUCAGAUAAAACAACAGAAGAGGAAUUUAUAUUUGUUCUUGAUAGUGAGUCGAAGAGAGGAAGGGCCACGCUCGGUGCUUGUUGUGCACGCAGCAAUCGCUAAAAGGCGAUGAGUAAUUUUCUAGGUUAGGACUAACUCCAUUUCAGGCAUUUUCUGCCGUGGGGACAUCCCCGGACAAGCCAAUAGGUGGCAAACUGCAGCUCCGCUCUGGCGCCUCCACCCCUACUGCACACAGGACGCCGAGAUCUCAGCCACUUCUAGCACCAACCAUUUCUUGCUGCUCUUGGCACAUGGUAGAUAACGGUUUGAUCUUUGGCUCUUUCACGCUUGCGCUAUGCCUGAGAUACGACUGAUCAUUCCAAUAUCCCAGCGGUUUUGCAGCAGCACUACUGAAUAUUUUCUGUGGGACGGUCCAAAGAACAAAAGAGCAUAUUUCAGCUUUGAAGAAAAACUGUCGGACAACAAAUGAUGACGAUGUGCAACAUCUGCUCCCCCGACAGCCCGUGGAUGCUCCUGUGACGAUAGAGUUUGUCGCCGCCGCCAUGGGGGAGCUGUUCCGCAGCGAGGAGAUGACCCUGGCCCAGCUGUUCCUGCAGUCCGAGGCCGCGUACUGCUGUGUCAGCGAGCUGGGCGAGCUGGGGAAGGUCCAGUUCCGAGACCUGAACCCGGACGUGAACGUGUUCCAGCGAAAAUUCGUUAACGAAGUGAGGAGGUGCGAGGAGAUGGACCGAAAGCUGAGGUUUGUGGAGAAGGAGAUUAAAAAGGCAAAUAUUCCUAUCACGGACACCGGUGAAAACCCAGAGGUGCCUUUCCCACGUGACAUGAUUGACUUGGAGGCAAACUUUGAGAAAAUUGAAAAUGAGCUGAAGGAAAUCAACACGAACCAGGAAGCUCUGAAGAGAAACUUCUUGGAGCUGACGGAAUUAAAAUUUAUACUGCGUAAAACUCAGCAGUUUUUCGAUGAGAUGGCGGAUCCAGACCUGUUGGAGGAGUCCUCUUCACUCCUGGAACCAAGCGAGAUGGGAAGAGGCGCCCCGCUGCGACUCGGGUUUGUGGCCGGCGUGAUCAACCGUGAGCGCAUCCCGAUGUUCGAGCGCAUGCUGUGGCGAGUGUGCCGGGGGAACGUGUUCCUGCGUCAGGCAGAGAUUGAAAACCCCCUGGAGGAUCCUGUGACGGGGGAUUAUGUGCACAAGUCUGUGUUUAUCAUCUUUUUCCAAGGCGACCAGCUGAAGAACAGAGUCAAGAAGAUCUGUGAAGGAUUCCGCGCCUCCCUCUACCCGUGCCCAGAAACACCACAGGAGCGGAAGGAAAUGGCUUCUGGUGUCAACACCAGAAUUGAUGAUCUUCAGAUGGUGCUGAACCAAACCGAGGAUCAUCGCCAAAGGGUUUUGCAGGCAGCCGCUAAAAAUAUCCGUGUGUGGUUCAUCAAGGUCCGCAAGAUGAAGGCUAUCUACCAUACCCUGAACCUGUGCAACAUCGACGUGACGCAGAAGUGCUUGAUUGCUGAAGUCUGGUGCCCUGUUGCUGACCUUGAUUCUAUCCAGUUUGCUCUCAGGAGAGGCACUGAGCACAGCGGAUCCACUGUCCCGUCCAUUUUAAACAGGAUGCAAACCAAUCAGACCCCACCGACAUACAACAAAACGAACAAGUUCACCUGUGGCUUUCAAAACAUUGUUGAUGCUUAUGGCAUUGGAACGUAUCGGGAAAUAAAUCCAGCACCGUAUACGAUCAUUACCUUCCCGUUUCUGUUUGCUGUGAUGUUUGGAGACUUCGGCCACGGGAUCCUGAUGACUCUGAUCGCUGUCUGGAUGGUGCUUCGGGAGAGUCGUAUCCUGUCACAGAAGAGUGACAACGAGAUGUUCAACAUGGUUUUUAGUGGUCGAUACAUCAUUCUGCUGAUGGGACUGUUCUCCACGUACACAGGCCUCAUCUACAACGAUUGCUUCUCCAAGUCUCUUAAUAUGUUCGGUUCAUCAUGGAGCGUCCGGCCGAUGUUCACAAAAGCCAACUGGACAGACGCUUUGCUGGAGCGCACUCCUCUGCUGCAGCUGAACCCCGCGAUUCCCGGGGUGUUCGGCGGACCCUACCCCUUUGGCAUUGACCCGAUUUGGAACAUCGCCACCAAUAAGCUGGCCUUCCUCAAUUCCUUUAAGAUGAAAAUGUCGGUGAUUCUCGGCAUUAUCCACAUGCUCUUUGGUGUCGCGUUGAGUCUUCUCAACCACAUCUAUUUUAAGAAGCCACUGAACAUAUACCUUGGAUUUAUUCCAGAAAUGAUUUUCAUGUCAUCACUGUUCGGAUACCUUGUUAUCCUCAUUUUCUACAAGUGGACAGCCUACGAUGCUCACACCUCAAAGGAUGCACCAAGCCUUUUAAUCCACUUUAUCAACAUGUUUCUGUUCUCCUAUAGUGACCCCAGUAAUAAGAUGCUCUAUAAGGGGCAGAAAGGGCUCCAGUGCUUCCUUGUGGUGGUGGCGUUGCUGUGUGUGCCCUGGAUGCUGGUAGCGAAACCCCUGGUCCUUCGCCAUCAGUACUUAAGGAGAAAGCACUUGGAAGGGCAGCCCGUGGAGGCCCAGGUCAGCACAGUCCCGAACGAGCAGGCACUAGAGGCAGCAGCGCCUGCGACAGGAACGCACAACUUCGGCGGGAUCCGGGUGGGCAACGGACCGACCGAGGAGGAUGCCGAGAUCAUCCAGCACGACCAGUUAUCCACCCACUCCGAGGAGGGGGAAGAGCCUACGGAGGAUGAGGUGUUUGACUUUGGCGACACCGUGGUGUACCAGGCGAUCCACACCAUCGAGUAUUGCCUGGGCUGCAUCUCCAACACCGCGUCCUACCUCAGGCUCUGGGCUCUCAGCUUGGCCCACGCCCAGCUCUCGGAGGUGCUCUGGACCAUGGUGAUCCACAUUGGCCUCAGCGUCAGGAGCCUGGGCGGAGGCUUUGGCCUCUUCUUCAUAUUUGCUGCUUUCGCUACCCUGACGGUCGCGAUUCUGCUGGUCAUGGAGGGGCUGUCGGCUUUUCUCCAUGCUCUUCGCUUGCACUGGAUCGAGUUCCAGAACAAGUUCUACACUGGCACUGGGUUCAAGUUUCUCCCUUUCUCCUUCGACACCAUCCGCGAGGGGAGGUUUGACGACUGAAACCCUCCGCUCGAGCGCCGUUCGGCGUCGUGUGCUCCCGGCCAGGCCCUCCCCGUGUGUCCAACUUGCAUGUAACCCUCCCAUAGCAAAAAUAACUUAUUGCAGCACCCUCAAGUGUUCCCGGGGCGUUUCAGAGCCAAGAGCUUUGACAUUCCCGGGUAAUGAGUGACACUGGAUCAAAGAAAACGUUUCGUUCCCGUAAGUUUAGCACUGAAGAUACUAAGAGCAUGAAGUGUCUGUGUGUGUAAUAGUGUAGCUGUCGUGUUGUGAAUUCCCCCGCAGGGUUAUCGGGGCAGCGUGAAAUGCAGCUGGGGCUGAGCGGGUGUACAAGCACACGGAGAAAAGGCUGCGCUGCUCGGGAAGGUUUAUGUUUUACGAAGGUUUUCCAUGUGGAUCCUGUGUCUCUGCCUCCGAUUAAACAAAAUCCGAGGGUGGGCAGUGGAUGAUCCGUGGUGUUGUCCUCCUGCCUCCGCGGCUUCCGCACCUGCCGUGGUUCAAUCUGACGAAAACAACGUCUCAUUCUGUGCAGAGAUUCAGCUUUUUGAACUCCAUCCAGGGCUUGAGGAGCCGCUGUGAGGGGCAGGACUUGGCCUCUCUCAUCACACAGUGAUUCUCUGCCCACUGGUGAUGGGGAAGCACCUUGUCCUUGCCAUGGAGGCUGUUCCUUUCCUCCAUGGAGCCGAGAUGCUCCUGUAUCUGCUCCUAUCCCAGGCGAACCCAAGCCCAGCAGCCAGGGUCCUUCCACCUCUUGUUUCUGGAGCAUCGCUGAGGACACGGUUCGGCUGCCCUGCGACUCUUGUCUCGGGUGCUGACCCCUGGCAGUGGAACCUCUUGGGUUUCUUGUUUGAAAAUGGAUCCCUGAGGCUGCAAAGCACUCAAAGACACGGCCCAUGUAGACUUGGCAUCAAGCAAAGGUACCAGCGCCACGUCACGGCAGUUGUGUGCUCGGGGGCUAAGGAGCCCUUCGAGGCAGAACAGAUAAUCCCACGGCGCUGGAGUUUUGGUGAUCUCUGCCCCAGUAGCUGUUGCUUUUUCUCCUGUGCAAGAUGUGAAUAGUUUCUCAGCCUCCUGAACUCACUGUAGCUGUAGCAGCGGUGAUGUGUGUGUGUGUGUGUUAGUGCCGUGUGUAACUGUCGUGUUUCAUUGUCACAGUGGAUCUGAACUAUUUGUGUAUGGACAGAUAGAACGAUAACCAGAAUCAUUGUAACCUGGAAUCGGAGGGGAAACGCCACGCAGGGCUGUUUCAGAUCAUGUGAGGAUGGCGUGUGUGCGCUGUACAUCGCAGUGGACGUACAUCGCAAUGGACGUACAUCGCAGUGGACGUACAUCGCAGUGGAUGUACAUCGCAGUGGAUGUACAUCGCAGUGGAUGUACAUCGCAGUGGAUGUACAGUGGGGGCACCUCUGAGUAGUCACUGUGUUUACAGGUAGAUCAGCUGUUUGUUUACAGUGGUAAGAAAGACAAACUCCAAACUGGUUUGCGAGCGGAGCGGUGACCCCGCUCCCGCUGCCCGGGUGCAACGUGCUGCUGACAGUCACUGUGUCAAUUAAACUAACUGCACUACA